AUGGAGUUUUCUGGCAGCACACUCUCCGUCUCUGAGGUGGAAAUAAUGGUGCGACAACUGAAGCCGAUGCCGAUUGAGAAGGUUGGCACGACUGAAUGGAAAGACCAGCGUGAGAUGGUUGAGCGGCUCAACAUGUGUUCUCACAGCAACGCCGUUCUUAAGAAGGAUGAUACCGUCAAGGCGUUUCUCAUAGAGCAUGAAAAACUGUCGGUCCUGUUGCAUGAGUUGCUGGUGAUGGAGGCGUGGCGUCAUCGCGUGCUACCCUUGGUAAAGGACAUGAUUGCAGGGAAUCCCACGGCGAUGUAUAUGUUUCCCUACUACGAAAUGGUUUUGGUAAACCUGUUUGAAUGUAUUUGUUUUCACGAAGAGGUGGUAGUGGCCCUUGAUGAUGAUGUUUUGGAGCUUUUGGAUUAUUGCUGGCGACAAGCCUCCCGUCUCUUUGCAGAGAAGGGGAUUAAUGAUAUCCCAGCUAGACCCACACUCCAGGAAAUUAGUGAAGAGGAUUCACUCCGGCAUAUGGAACGACAGUUAUCACACGGCAUGGUGCAGCGCGCUUUAACUUCUCUGUCUAUUCUUUGGUUUAUUAUUGAUCGACUGGAGCAGUUGCCUCUUUCGGUGUCUAACUCGGUGUUUAAUAAGAAUGAUCUUGUGUUGGGCCUCUCAGAGAUCAUGAUGCUUCAACCCUGGUUACGCCGCGGCUCGGGUGCGACGCAGAAGUAUUUGAAUGGGGAAUUUAAGGAUGUUCCACAGGGAGACGCUCUUCUUGUUUGUGUCCCCGAGGCACAUACGUGGUUUUGCCUUCAUAAGAUGCUGUGCGACCCUGAGUGUCGACGGCGGUAUCCGUAUACACAGAGCAAGAAGGAGCUUAUUCUUCGCAUCCGUCGGUUCCUCAAUGACACAAUUGUCGACCAGAUUCCCGCUUUGGCUAGUGUGCAGCGGGCCUUGGAGGAGCUUUCUUUUAUGCAGCCGCCAAGUGACACCGAGGCGAAGUUUAAAAGCUCUCUGACCAUAGAGCAGGUCCCACGCAUCAUGGCGGCAGUGGAGGCUUCACGAACGCAUAGCUGGGAAGACGUUGCCAAUACGUUUGCCGCUAUGCUGAAGGACCCACGCAUAAAGAAUGAAGAUGCCAUGCGGAUGGCACGCAUCUUUGAUGAGAUGUUUGCAGAGAAUGAAAGGCCAAAAUAG